UUCCUUGCUAAGUAUUAGUGUUAGCGAGCAAGCUGUAAUGUUAGAUCACUGUUGAGUAUGCUUUCUUUCUCGUCGCUGGUACCUGUGUUGAUAAAUACGAUACACACUUUGGUAGACGUCAAUGAAUUGUUGAUAAUACGCACACCAUGACAAAACGCGUUUGUAGGCUAUGCAAUUAAAGCAGUCUUCGCUAACUUGGCAACUCCGAACGCUGCAGGGAAAGGUAGCCUAAUAUUAACUGUUAGCUACGUUAGUUAGAGUGGGGAUUGCAGCGAUUGUCGUUGUUUGUAAAUUAUAGGUGUCGCUAAGGAAUAACCUGAACCUGUUUUGUCUUGGCGAAAGAGGUAUUUAAAACUGUUGGCUAACUUCCUUGCUCAAAUGUCUCGACUGAGCCGACAUAAGGAACUGAAGAGGGUGGGAGGGGCCAGGCAGUGAAGCACUCGGAAGUAACGGGAAACAACGGCUCCGAAAUUGCUUAUUGCGUACUACAUACUAUGAUGAAUGUGGGCGUGGCUCACAGCGAGGUGAACCCCAACACGCGGGUGAUGAACAGCCGCGGGAUCUGGCUGGCCUACCUGCUGCUGGUUGCCGUGCUGCACGUGGUCCUGCUCAGCAUCCCCUUCUUCAGCGUGCCCCUGGUCUGGACCCUGACGAACGUCAUCCACAACCUGGUGAUGUACCUGUUUUUGCACACGGUUAAGGGGACCCCUUUCGAGACCCCUGACCAGGGCAAGGCACGUCUGCUUACGCACUGGGAGCAGAUUGACUACGGCAUCCAGUUCACGUCAUCGCGCAAGUUCCUCACCAUCUCCCCCAUCGUGCUUUACAUCCUGGCCAGCUUCUACACCAAGUACGAUGCCACGCAUUUCCUGAUCAACACGGGCUCCCUCCUCAGCGUCCUCCUUCCCAAGCUCCCUCAGUUCCACGGGGUGCGCAUAUUCGGGAUCAACAAAUACUAACGGGACCGCACCAUGCGGGAGCAGGGGACCUCCGGCUCUGAGCGGGCGAGGUGGGGUCACCGGCGUGACCCCGAGAGAGAAUGGAAAGAGAAACGCACUGAACUGCACAGGGCAUCAAGAUACACUGUUCAACUACACUUCGCACACAACUGGUUUUUAUACUCCAUUUUAGUAUUCCUUUGAUCUGCUUUCAAAUUGUUUCUGAACAUUCGUCCGCGCGUGUACUAUGCGCAAGUUUGUACAUCUUUUUUUUGUUUUGAACACACUUUUAUGUUUUGCGAACCUAAGGCGAAAAAGUCCUGUUCAUUUUAAGAGUUUAGCACCCUUGACUGACGGCUUGCACUCAAUGCGCGUUUGAAAAGUACAGGUGUUCAGAAGUCCCAUGAUGCAAUGUAAAAGCUAGAGAAGGAACUCUAUCUGCAUGUUGAGACGGGCUUUUGCUGUUUUGUACAUUCCUGCAUGUCUUGGUAUAUUGGGUUGUAGAUUGGUAAAGGGGAGAAGGUCUGGUUAUGUAAGAAAGCCAAAAAACUGUCUUCUGCCAAAGUGGGGAGGGGAGAGGGGGGGUAGAUAGUAUGGUCUAAAUUGUGCUUUUGUACAAUUGCUUUAUUAUUUAUUUAUUUAUGUGAUAUAUUUAAGUUUUUCACUUAUUCCUUGUUGUUCUGUUGUGCAUCUGAAAGUCUGUCUGACGUUGUCUGCUGAUGUCACAGCUAAUUGUUCUGAUGUCACAGCAAAUUGUUUUGUAAGGAAACUUGAAGCUGUGCAUAUGUUUUGGUUUGUUUUUUUUUUUUUGUUACCAGUGUCCUUUGAUGCACAUAUUGGCUAUAAACAUUCAGUCAAUAUAAAGGAGGUGCAAAGGUAUUUAUUAACAGCAAAAACCCACGUGGAGUUGCGUCUUUUCAGUUCAGAUUUGCGCCACAUCUGUAUGUGGAAAUAAAUUGCAUACAUAGCCAUGCCACUUGCAUGUCAAUGCUCAGAUCAGCAUUGUUUAGUUCAUGAAUGUGUUCAGUACCCUGCAGGAAACUGUAGUCGCCCCUUACGGAAAUUGAAUGCACUGCAAUGUUUUGUAAUUAUGUGGCCUUUUAAAAGAAUAUAAUAAAAAUAUAUUUAACAGCA